UAAAAAUCAUAUACUCUGUGCCUCGUUACGGUGCACAGAGAAUAUCAUCAACGGGAAUAUAAAAAAAAAAAAAAACAAAUUUAAAAUGUUUUUCAAAAUUUUAUUAGUUUUUGUUGCUUUUAAUAGCUUGUUUGUGCACUUUUGUAUUUCAAAUCCUUUGCAACAAUUAUGGCCUCAAUCAAGGCCGUCAUGCCAUGAAGGGUAUAGAUUUGCGAAUGGAAUGUGUACACCGAUGAUGGGUGUGACUCAGCCAGCAGCACAAUGCACUACUUCAUGUUGCCAAACAAACUGUCAGCCACCCUGUCAACAACCAUGUGUUGCCCAAAUGCAAACGCAAGUGCAAAUGCCUAUGCAAAUGCAAAUGCCAAUGCCAAUGCAAUUUCCAGUUCCAGUGCCCUUUCCAAUACUAAUGCCACCUCCACCACCACCAUUAUUUCCAGGACCAUCACCCCCAGGACCACCACCAUCAGGACCACCACCCCCAGGACCACCACCAUCAGGACCACCACCCCCAGGACCACCACCCCCAGGACCACCACAACCACCAGUACCACCACAACCACCAGUACCACCACCACCUCCACAAAAUAAUAUAACAUGUCCGAAUGGAACAAUCAAUAUAAACGGUUAUUGUCACCUAAUUUACUGUGGUACUGGCGUUUAUGCACAUGGCAAAUGCAUUUAUACUGUUUGUCCUGAAGGCUCAAUUUGGAAUGGCAUCCGUUGCCAAAUCCCAGAAGCACGCAAUCAUACAACUGUACUUUUGUCAACAGUUGUUGUCACAAACAAUGUCAAUCAAUCUCUGCAGAAUCACGUAAUCAACUAUACAAAUAAUGUGGAUAUUGACAUUGCGGGAUCAACGUCAGAUGUGGAAGAAAGGCCUUUUUCGCCUAAUAUUGUUGUAAUGCCACCAUCACCUCCUCAAAUACAUGUUCCUCCUCCUCGUCUUCCUCCCGUUAAUAUAAUACAACGUCCACCUCCAAUGCCCUCACCACCGAGGAUUGUUUAUGUGCCUGCACCCCCACCACCACGACCACCACCACCUCAGGUUGUGUACGUACCACAGCCUGCACCUCCACCACCACCACGACCACCACCACCUCAAGUAGUGUACGUACCACAGCCACCCGUAUCCCCACCACAAAUGGUCGUACAACCACCACCUCAGAUUCCAUCAGCUCCACAUUGUUGUAUGGUUACCACUCCAAACACAUGUCUUUGGCAAGAUCAGUAUGUUUGCAGAAGUCAUACCUAUCAACAAUGUGGAUCUGUUUGUUUACACGGAAAUUUAAACUUAAUGCCACAAGUUGUAAGACAACCACAAGAGUCUUGUAUUAACAACGAUUGUGGCUAUAAUCGCCAACCAUUUUAUCCGGACUGUUCUCGAUGUACAAAUGGUGGAAUGAUGUCCUCUAGAUAUUGUCAAACAUAUUGCCCUAAUAAUAAUAUUAAUUGUAAUUCUUGUCAAACUUUAGAUUUAAGUAGAUACUGUGACAGCUAUCCAGACGCUAUUGCAUGUAGACCUGAAUAUGGUUAUAUUCAAGGAUCGGUAUUAGAAACGGAUUAUGAUUAAACGAAAUAAAAAAAACGAACAAACAAACAUGCAAACAGUUGGUUGUACUAGAUUU